AUGGGCGCGAAUCCAUGGGUGAUCAUCGCCAGCGCAAUCAUUCAGCAGGUUUUUGCCUUGAUUUGGUUCCGCUUUAUCGUCAAGACGGUGGCGGACUACUACCUCGCUGCAGACAAGGGUGUGCGGAGGGUAGAGCACAUGGUGCACCGGUACUCCACUACAGUCUGCAGUGUUGCCACGCUUGCUGCGGGUAUCGCUCGAUCUAUCGCUAUUCUCGCGAUAGUGUCAAUUUUCCAAGGCAGUGCUCUGACAGACUACCAACAGGCCGGCAUGGUGGUGGCAGCGCUCGCAUGCAUCAACCAGCACCAGUUCUUCUGGAGUCAGCGCCCUAUGCCGCUUCUGCUCACAGACGGUGGCUACGAGGUAGCUGCCGCUCUCCUGGCGUCUGUGUCGUGCUUUCUCAUGCAGAAGUUCGUCUUUUAG